AGUAUUGGGGAUGAUGAGCUGUGGGGGCCAGGCCGAGGAGGGGUGGGAGUAAGGGGGGCUGCUGCAGCUGUCAGACCAUAAGCCAGGCUCACGCCCAGGCUCAGGCCUGCAGACUCGGCUCCCACAUCAAUAGUCAUGAGCAGCGGUGCCAACUGCACGGAUCAGCUAGGGCCCGGAAUUCCCUCCUUCCCCCAGGCCUGGGGAUUGUGGGCCCUCUUAGGGGCUGUGACGCUGCUGCUUCUCAUCUCGCUGGCUGCACACUUGUCCCGAUGCAGUAGUGGCUGGAGAAGAAACCGUUCAGGAGGCGGACAGUCUGGAGGGUCUGUGGAAGAGGUCCCCCUGUAUGGGAACCUGCAUUAUCUGAAGACAGGACGACUGUCUCAAGAACCAGGGCCAGACCAGCAGGAUCCCACACUUGGAGGCCCCACCAGGGCUGCAGAGGAGGUGAUGUGCUACACCAGCCUGCAGCUGCGGCCUCCUCAGGGCCGGAUCCCCAGCCCUGGAACCCCCAUCAAAUACUCAGAGGUGGUGCUGGACGCUGAGCCGAAGCCCCAGGCCUCUGGCCGGGAGCCGGAGCUCUAUGCCUCCGUGUGUGCCCAGACGCGCAGAGCCCGGGCUUCCUUCCCGGACCAGGCCUAUGCCAACAGCCAGACUGCACCCAGCUGAGACGGAGGGCCUGGCAUCGCCCCAGCUUCCUCUGUUGCAGGGGUGACGGCUACCCUGUUCCGGGCAUGACUGUUUCCCAGCAAACCCCCAAAGACAGUCAGCCAUCGCCCCAUCACAGGAGGUGAUGUUCCCCAAGCCUCCUAUCUGACCUGAGGGAGAUAAGUCAGGGGGAAAGCAGGCCCCUGUUUCUUGAGGAUGGAGAAAGCAGAGGCAGUGCCCCCCUCCUCGCUUCCUCCUCCUUCCGGAGUCUUACCAGGUCCUCCCCGCUAUUGCUCUCAUACACUGUACUGCUGACACCUCAGUGUCUCCUCAGACACAGGAAGUGGGCA